AUGAUCGUUGAUUGCAAACAACAACAACAGACCGAACAGCAAAUGGAUGCAUUUUCAGUUAACGACAAUCAGAACCUCCGCGAAUCAGGUACAAAUCUUGCUUUGAUUGACUUCUUACAAUGUUAUGUUCGAAUCCAACCGUGCAAGAUUGAAGACUAUGGCAUCAGCUACAGUGAAGCUAUAGGUGCCACUUUCCAAACAUACAAGCCACUACCAGAACAAACUACAAAGUCAACGCAACAACUACAAGACAAUGACCAGUCGAAUCAAUGUAUCACAUUAACGGCAGCGGAAUCAAACGAAGAGCACCGAUUGUUUAAAAUGACUGAAUGCGAAAAGUUCCUGGCAAAUUCACAAACACCGAUAACUUCUGUUUCGAAUGUUCCAUCACCACGAACAUCGACACCAAUACCGCAAGAUCCAUCUGAAACACAUCGAAAUCGAAAGGUCACUUUCAAGCUACCCGAACUAGAACAAGAAUCGGACUCGGAAUCAGCUAAUCCAUUGCCUGAUAUUUCAUCGUUAUCAAAGCACCUGACGAAAAUGACUGUUACACACGAAUCUGAACAAAACCAAUCCAAAUAA